AUGGAGCUGCGGGCGCAGCUGACCGGGCGCGACGGGCAGAAGUGGCCGCUUCGCGUGCGCUGCCAGCCCGAGACCGGCGCCGGCGGGGAGCUCCGGGGGCUGCUGCGCGGCCUGUCCCAGCUGCAGGAGCAGGUCUCGGCGCUGCUCGCGCCCCUAGUGGAGCAAGAGAGCGGGGGGCUCGCGGGGGCGGGGACCGCCGCCGGGCCGCGGGGUGAUGUUGGGGAGGAAGAGGAGGAGGAGGAAGAUGAAGAAAACAACACUGAUGUCAAAACAUGUGUGGCUGGACCGCCUUUAAAACGGACAAAAAGUCAGCACUCCUGACUAUUGCUUUAAAAGCUAUUUAAUUUUUUAAAAAAGACUUUUCUGCUGUUGCAAAUGUCAGUGUUUAUAUUGCAUUGUUGUACCUCUGACAGAAACUAUUUUUGGAAACUAGACAACUACAUUUGUGUUCCUUUUGGUUAAGUUUUAGAAGGAAAAUGCCUUUUUUCCCCCUGGUAUUUAACAUUACUAAUAAAAAAAAAAAACCUGACAAAAAGAGAGUAAGGUGUUAUAUAGUAGAUUCUCUUACAUGGAAAGAAAUUAAUUCUUAAAUGUUUGGGAGGAAGAAAUUAUGAAUUGCCAGUGUCAAGAGGAGUCUUUGUUUGCAGAUGUCUCUUUACUAAUCUGGCCACUAAAGUUUGUGGUUUUGAAUCUUUUAAAAGUCAAUAUUAUUUUGUACUGCUUCUGGGCUCCCUGUAUUUUUCCUGCCACUCUUAAAAUAGAGUAAGUUACAGUGUAAAAAAAAAAAAAAAAAGAAAAAGCAAGUUACUCUGUUGAAAUAUUAAACUACAAGAAACAAACUAGCAAUUUUAUAUGAGUGCUAUUGAUAGGGGACUGUAUAAAAUAACCAGUAUUCCAGACCUGCUUAAAUAAAUUAGCAAGGAAGUAGUUAUUUACAAAAAAAAUGUUGAUCAGCUUUACAAGAAGCCUAAAAGAUCUGUUUAUGGUGUUGGGUCUCAGAUACAUUUGUGUUUAACAUGUGGCUUUGGGUGCCACCAUAAUUCAAAUAAUAAAUAAAUACAAAAUGUGCCAUAAUUUGAAAAGGGCACUAAAAUACAGUGUUAAACCAAUAAAUGCAAGAAAUUGUCAGAGUGGUGUCAGUUAUGUAACACCAACAGUGUCUUAUCUAUCUUAAAAAACAAAACAAAAAAACCAUAACCUACCUCACAGCAAUGUUGUAAGGAUGAAUUGGGUUAUAAAACACCCUGGAAGUGCUAAGUAUUGUAUAAAAAUUUGUCUUUAUUUAGAUAUGGGCAUUAAGUAUAGUAAGCAUUGUCAGUUUUGCGGUUCACUCGGUUGACAAUGUGUCUGAUCUGUUAAUUAGUUUUGUGUGGUUUAGCCAUUAUAUCAGAUAUGAAUAAGACAAAGAAAUAAACUGCUUUUAUAGGACCCUC